AUGUCGGACUCGGACAUUAAGAAUGAAGAUCCUGUUCCUCAAGACCAAGAGGACGGAGGCGAUGACGAAGAAGAGAUAUCAGCGAUGAAGAGGAGGGUAGCUGAGAUGGAGGCAGAAGCAGCCAAGCUACGCGAGAUGCAGGCGUCUCUCGAUCAGCAGGAUCAGAACAUGAGAGAAGACAAAGAAGACAUCGACGCUCGCAGCAUAUUUGUAGGCAACGUGGACUACGGAGCUUCACCAGAAGAGAUUCAAGCGCAUUUUCAAAGUUGUGGGUCUAUCAAUCGCGUAACAAUCCUUCUCGACAAGUUCACGGGGCACCCAAAAGGAUACGCUUAUGUUGAAUUCACGGAGCCGCAAUUAGUCGGACAGGCGCUCGUUUUGAACGAAAGCAUGUUCCGAGGACGUAAUUUGAAGGUCGUCCCAAAACGCACAAAUCUGCCUGGCAUGACCCGAGGCGGACGCGGUGGGCGAGGAGCCCCUCGUGCGCGUGGUGGAGAGAGCAAGAUGGACUCGGAUCUUCCUCAGGCGCCUAACUUACGAGUGACGAUCAUCGCUGCCGAUGGGCUCUAUAAACGGGAUGUCUUCAGAUUCCCAGAUCCCUUUGCUGUCGCAACCAUAGGUGGGGAACAGACACGUACAACAUCUGUCAUCAAGAAAACACUAAAUCCAUACUGGAACGAAAGUUUCGAUCUGAAAGCGAAUGAAGAGAGUAUCCUUGCGAUACAAAUCUUUGAUCAAAAGAAAUUCAAGAAGAAAGAUCAAGGAUUCCUAGGUGUGAUCAAUGUUCGGAUUGGGUCGGUGAUUGAUCUCGAUGUUGGUGGCGACGAAAUGCUCACAAGAGACCUGAAGAAGUCUAACGAUAAUCUCAUCGUACAUGGAAAACUCAUUGUAAACCUAUCAUCGAACUUAGGCCCCACAACGGAUCAAUCCAACGUCCCGAACCAUCCCGGCUCUUCGCUCUCGGUUUCGGGUGGUACAGUCGCAUCCUCAGCUAACGGUUUGCCUCCGCGAUCUCCCUCUGCUUCUGGAGGACCGCCGGAUACUGGUGCCUCUGAUCAAACCUCACAACAAAGCCCUGCUAUGCCACGUCCUCCACCACGGUCUACCUCGACGGAACCUCCUCCUCCUCCUCCACAAACAAACGGCACUCCCUCAGCUACGAAUGCAGGGGGCUCCACAGGGUUGAGCUCGUUCAGGGAUGGCCAGGGGAUGCUUCCCGCUGGAUGGGAGAGAAGAGAAGACAAUCUAGGUCGGACCUAUUAUGUGGACCACAAUACAAGAACCACAACAUGGACACGGCCAUCAAAUACGUACAAUGAGCGAGAUCAGCGUAAUGCACUGGAGGCGAACACUCAGCUUGAACGUCGUGCUCACCAAAACAGAAUGUUGCCAGAAGACCGCACAGGCGCUAAUUCGCCGAGUCAAGCGGAAGCACCUACACCUAAUUCUGCCAAUAACGCCAACGCCGUGUCGAUGAUGGCCACUGGUGCUACAACAGCUGGCACCGGAGAACUUCCCGCCGGUUGGGAGCAGAGAUUUACUCCAGAAGGACGAGCCUACUAUGUAGAUCAUAAUACAAGGACGACGACCUGGGUCGACCCUCGGAGGCAGCAGUAUAUUCGUACUUAUGGUCAGAAUGCCGGCGGCAACAAUACCACCAUACAAACGCAGCCCGUCUCCCAACUAGGAGCACUUCCUAGCGGUUGGGAGAUGCGACUUACAAACACAGCUCGGGUCUAUUUCGUUGAUCACAACACGAAGACAACGACCUGGGAUGAUCCCCGUCUACCUUCUUCGCUUGACCAGAAUGUUCCGCAAUACAAGCGUGACUUCAGGCGGAAGCUCAUUUACUUUAGAUCACAGCCUGCCCUUCGAAUUCUCUCGGGUCAAUGUCACGUAAAAGUAAGAAGAGAUCAUAUUUUCGAGGACUCGUAUGCUGAGAUUAUGCGCCAAAAUGCCACUGAUCUUAAAAAGCGACUGAUGAUCAAAUUCGAUGGCGAGGAUGGCCUUGACUAUGGCGGUCUAUCUAGGGAAUACUUCUUCCUGCUUUCCCACGAAAUGUUCAAUCCGUUCUAUUGUCUCUUUGAGUAUUCAGCGCACGACAAUUAUACUUUACAGAUUAACCCUCAUUCUGGCAUUAACCCCGAGCAUCUUAAUUACUUCAAGUUCAUCGGCCGUGUUGUGGGUCUGGCCAUCUUUCAUCGACGGUUCCUUGACGCUUUCUUCAUCGGAGCAUUUUAUAAAAUGAUAUUACGAAAAAAAGUUGCACUCGCCGACAUGGAAGGUGUCGAUGCCGAUUUCCACAGGACUUUAACAUGGACUAUGGAGAACGACAUUGAAGGUGUGAUAGAACCUACGUUCUCGACUGAAGAUGAGAGCUUUGGAGAAAUACAGACAAUUGAUCUGAAACCGAAUGGGCAAAAUAUCGAGGUCAACAAUUCGAACAAGAAGGAGUAUGUCGACCUCAUUACGGAGUGGCGUAUCCAGAAACGGGUCGAAGAACAAUUCAACGCUUUCGUGGCCGGCUUCAAUGAAUUAAUUCCCCCUGACCUGGUGAACGUCUUUGAUGAAAGAGAGCUAGAAUUGCUUAUCGGUGGUAUCGCAGACAUUGAUGUCGAUGAUUGGAAGAAACACACGGAUUACAGGGGGUAUACCGAGCAGGAUCAAGUCAUUCGAAAUUUCUGGACUAUAAUUCGAAGUUGGGACGCUGAACAAAAGUCACGAUUGCUCCAGUUCGCGACUGGCACAUCCCGAAUACCCGUCAACGGAUUUAAAGAUUUGCAAGGCAGCGACGGACCUCGACGAUUCACCAUUGAGAAGUCAGGCUCGGAAAAGGCUCUGCCUAAGUCACACACCUGCUUUAACCGCCUAGAUUUGCCUGAUUACAAAUCGCAUGAUGAACUUUCAAAUAGGUUAACCGUAGCAGUUGAAGAAACUGUUGGCUUUGGUCAGGAAUAA